GAAGCCAAGUGACAAACGAGUUGUUGACAUGAGUGCGAACGGGAGUAAAGCGCGCGUGUGCGGAGAACGCGAUUUUUGAAAAAAUUUCAAAUUUUCCAAGUGUGUAAUGCAUAAUGCAGUUGUGUCUACUGAUCGGAUUUAACGAAAACUAACAAAUUUAAUGCACUUGCUCAGUGCAAUAAGAGACUAAAACGCGAUAUUAGCAACAAGUGCAACGAAGUGAAAAAUUAUAUUAUGUGAAUAAUUGUGGUAACGAAACAUGAAAGUAUGUAAUAAAAUAUAAGCGAAAAAUUAACCAACGAACGUGUCGGUGAGAUUGUGCAAAAUUAAGAAAGAAAGUAAGCAAUAACUAAGAAUUGAUAAAAAAUGCCAUAAGUGCCGACAACGUCGAACCAACGGCGACGAAACUAAAUGUAAACGUUUAUAAUGCAAAAGCGGUGAAGCAAAAGAAAAAAACGACAAGUGUAUAACAAAGUGAAGUGUCUUUCAAUUUAAUUAUCUAAACGUCUACGAAAAAUAUAAAUAAAUGAAUUACUGCCGAAUUCAAAACGAAUGUGUGACUCAUUAGCUAUUGAUAAAAAUUUAACUUAGUGUUGUGUACUAGAAAGUGAAAAUAUUUGUAAAAAAGUGUUUGUAAAGUUUAACGAAUAAUUGUUUGUCAAGAGAAAUAACGUAAAAAAAUUGUGAAAAAUGAAGGUCACCGUUUGUUUUGGUGCCAUCCGCAUUGUUGUGCCAUGUGGCAAUGGCGAUUUGCUGGUGAAGGAUCUUAUCAACGAAGCAACCAGGCGUUACAAGAAAGCAGCGGGAAAGGAGCCUGAUUCUUGGGUUGCCGUACACCAUCUACAAACACAGUCGGGCAUACUCGAUCCCGACGAUUGUGUCGGCGAUGUAGCCGAUGAUCGCGAACAAAUACUUGCCAGCUUCGAUGACUCCGGUCCGGAUCCGGGUGUGCCGCAAGGUGGCGGCGAUGGUGCCUCUGGCAGCUCUUCGGUGGGCACUGGCUCGCCCGAUAUCUUUCGUGACCCCACCAACACAGAUGCGCCCACAAAUGGGCAACGUGGCGAUGCUGCAACGCCGCACAUUGAAGUCACCAGCACUACUGCCUGCCCCAUUCCCGGCUUGGGUUUGCAAGUGCGUCGCAGCAGUGAUCCGAAUUUGCUCGCCUCGCUGAAGGCGGAGGGUGGCAAUAAACGCUGGUCAGCAGCAGCGCCACACUGCGGCGGUGAUUCACCCGAUCGUGUGCUGCUCGAUAAGAGCGGCUAUUUGACGCCACAGUGGGAGGAGGAAGACGAUGGGCAACAGCAUGCGACAGCCGCACCGACGCAACAACCGUUCGCACGCUCCGGUCGCUUGUCCAUGCAGUUUCUUGGCGAUGGCACGGGCUAUAAAUGGAUGGAGGCCGCCGAGAAGUUACAGCAUCAGCAGCAGCAGCACCCGCAACAGCAGUCGUCACAUCAGUAUGCGUCACAGGGACAAAUGUACACCACCAAGUCGCUGCCGCGUGAAAGUAAGCGUAAAGAGCCGCUCGGUCAGGCUUACGAGUCGAUACGCGAAAAAGAUGGCGAAAUGUUGCUCAUCAUCAAUGAGUAUGGUAGUCCGUUGGGUCUGACGGCCAUACCGGAUAACGAACAUGGCGGCGGUUUGCUGGUGCAGCACGUGGAACCGGGCAGUCGCGCUGAACGCGGCCGCUUGCGUCGCGGCGAUCGCAUACUCGAAAUCAAUGGCACUAAACUGAUCGGUCUAACCGAGGGUAAGGUGCAGGACUAUCUACGACGUUCGCUCGAAGCUUCCGAAUUGCGUGUGCGCGUGUUGCGCGCCAGUGGUAGUAACGCUAACCAACGUAGCGUCAGCAAAUCGCGGCGUCGCGACUCUAAAGUCGCCGAAAUGAUUGAGGCGGAAGAGAAAUUGGCCUCAACCGUAGAGACGAAGGUGGCGACUGUCUCGCCCACACGUAAGCCACAUACGGCGCCAGUGGGCACAUCUCUACAGGUCGCGAAUACGCGUAAGCUCGGUCGUAAGAUCGAAAUUGUGCUGAAGAAGGGUCCGAAUGGUCUCGGUUUUUCUGUGACAACACGCGAUAAUCCAGCCGGUGGCCAUUGUCCGAUUUAUAUUAAGAAUAUACUGCCGCGUGGCGCUGCUAUCGAGGAUGGUCGUUUGAAACCAGGCGAUCGCUUGCUCGAGGUGGACGGUGUGCCGAUGACUGGCAAAACCCAAACGGAUGUGGUCUCCAUUUUGCGCGCUACGCAACCCGGUGCUACGGUGCGUUUAGUAGUAUCGCGUCAGCAGGAAUUGGCCGAACAGGAUGAGCGGGAAAUUAACUACGACGAGAAAGAGCGUGACGUAAUGAAUACACCACCAAAACCGCCAGCGCCGGUGUUACCCUCUUCUUUACAAAAGCAGCAGCAGCAAGAUAAGCUGCCGAACGGCGUUAAGAAGUCCAACAGCGCACGCUCACUCUUUGAGCAGCACCAACAGCAGGCACAGUAUCAGCUGAACGAAUCCCAGCACUUUAUAGAUGCAGGCAGCGAGUCGGCAGCUUCAAGCGAUAGCUUACAAGCGGGCAUCGCAUGGCGCUCACGCGAAGUACUCACACUACACAUACCAGUACACGAUACAGAGAAGGCCGGUCUUGGUGUCAGCGUAAAAGGCAAGACCAGUUCGAAUUCCAACAGCAGCAACAAUUCAAUGAAACACGACGGUGAUUUGGGUAUUUUCGUGAAGAACGUCAUACAUGGUGGCGCCGCAUCACGUGACGGACGUCUACGCAUGAAUGAUCAACUCUUGAGUGUUAACGGUGUCUCGCUGUUGGGUCAAAAUAACGCGGAGGCAAUGGAGACGUUGCGUCGUGCCAUGGUCAACAAUCCCGGUAAGCAUCCGGGCAUGAUAACGCUAUCGGUGGCACGCAAGAUCGCACGCUCCGCCAGUUCGGGUGACAUACUCGAGCAGACCAAUAGCAGCUCGAAUGCCAGCGAUAAUUCCGGCGCAACAGUGAUCUAUCUGAGUCCGGAGAAGAAGGAAGCACGCAGUGGAGCUGGUGGCUGCGCAACAAAUGAAAUGAACAGAUGGAGCAAUCCCGUAUUAGAUCGUCUAACCGGUGGAGUUUGCUCGUCGAAUUCAUCACAACAGGCGCGUCGGCCCUCACGCGAUCACUUGAACGCUGGCGGUGGGGUUGCAGGUGGUAUUGGCGGUGCGCCCGGUAGCGCCGGCCUUCACGGCUUGCGCAAUGAGAGCUAUUACAUGGCAACAAAUGAAACGUGGUCGCCAGCUUUGCAUCAUCAGAAGCUGAUGAAUGGCCACGUCAACAACAACACAGUUUUAAUUGAAGACGAUCCAGAGCCAAUGUCACCCACACUGCCCCACCAUCCCAACGAUUCAGUGUGCACACAAAGCAGCAAUGGUGGCCAAAACACGACCACAGCCGCACCGGGCUUCGAUGCCACAUACUCGUCCCAGUUGAGUCUCGAAACGAACAACUCCGGUGUGGAGCACUUUUCUCGCGACGCGCUUGGACGUCGUUCAAUAUCGGAGAAACAUCACGCCGCGCUGGAUGCACGCGAAACGGGCACCUACCAGCGCAAUAAGAAGUUGCGCGAGGAGCGCGAACGCGAGCGCCGCAUACAACUAACCAAGUCUGCCAUAUACGGUGGCUCCAUGGAGUCGCUGACAGCGCGUAUUGCCAAUGCGAAUGCGCAAAUACCCGGCUAUAAGCACACGAAGACCGCUUCCGGCGUGGAAGCGCAACAAUUGCAAGCGGAGGCGCGCGAUCAAGUCGGCGACUUGGGUCCCUCACUGGGUUUGAAGAAAUCCUCAUCGUUGGAGUCGCUGCAAACCAUGGUGCAAGAGAUACAAAUGUCCGAUGAGCCGCGCGGUCCGACGGCAUUACGUGCGCCGCGCGGACGCGGACGUGAGGACAGCUUGCGCGCCGCUGUGGUGGCGGAUCCCGAGGCGGGCAAACCACGCAAACACUGGCUGCUCGAGGAGGGCACCGAUCAGGAUGGCGGUUUUGCGCAUCGCAACGGACCCUUCCAGAGUUCGCUGAACGACGGCAAGCAUAAGUCACGCGCCAAGAAGCCGAGCAUAUUGCGCGGCAUCGGGCAUAUGUUUCGUUUCGGCAAGAAUCGCAAAGAUGGCGUUGUACCGAUAGAUGCGCAAGCCGCUACGUUGGCUGAGCGCCCGCCAGCUUCGCUGCCCAACAAUCAGCUGCCUGCCGCCGCUUUAGCCGCGCUCGAUCGGAAUACGAAGCUGGUGCCGCCAGCCUACCAACCGCCGCCGCCCUUACCGCCUGCCAACAGCACCGGCAGCGGUGGCAGUGGCGCAAAUGCUGGCGGUGGCGUGGGUAAUUUGUCGUCGAACUCGAAUGGCAUACACCACAAUGAUAUUUUCAAUCAUCGCUAUCAGCAUUAUGCCAACUACGACGAACUGCAUCAGCAACAGAUGAGCAGCGAAAGCGAAAACACGGCAACUAAACAAAAUCAAAAUAGUACAGACGUUUUAUCGGAGUCGACAUUAGAAUGCAUGCGGCAACAAGUUAUCAGGCAGCGCAUUAAAGUCGAGGCGGAAAGCUUUACCCCUAGAUAUGUGCGUUUGAAAUCGGAAGAUUGGAUUUGCUUUGAAUUGAAUCGCCGUCAUCAGCAUUACCAUUCGCAACGCAGCGCCCGCUCACAGGACAUCAACUUGCAACAUCAUCAUCAUCACGCCGCCAUGUUGAGCAACAGCGGCAGCGCUGCCGACAAGAGCAGUCUGCUGCGACCCACAUCCACAUACUAUGAGUACGAGACGGUGCAGCACAGUGUGAGUCCAGCUGCGGCGGCGGCGCAACAUCAUCAGCUGCGCAAUGGCAGUCUCAAGCAAAACGGACAUCACUCACCGAUAACGGUGAAUGGCGUGCAGCAGCAGCAACAACAACAGCAGUCACAUCAGCAACACAACAACAGCAAUCAACAUCAUCAACAGCAACAACAACAAGCACAACAGCAAACAGUUGGACCACCACCACAAGCGCAACCACACUGGAAGGUAGCCGGCAUGAAUGGCUUCUCGCCCGCCUCACUCAACAGCAGCGCGCGCAGUCGCGGUCCCUUCGUCACACACGUGACCAUACGCGAUCAGAGCUCAGCGGCCAUCGCCGCACAACAACCCACAUACCAAACGGUACAGAAGCAGCAGCCGCAAUUCGCGAGCGCAGUCGUUAGCGGUGGCGCGCAGCCGCACGCAUCGAAAGUGUGACUAUAGGUGCCGGUGCUGCGCCCAAGGCGUGGCGUAGAACAAGCAAAACGCGCGACGGUUGGUGAUACAGCGUACGCUGAGCUGGCGCGCGAUGCGUGUGAUGUUGUUGGUGGUGGUAGAAAUGAUGAUGGCAGCAGCGCUGGUGGCGACAAUGACUACGAGGAUGUGGACUCGGAUGUGGUGGAGAUAUUCUACCUCGCCACCGAGUGUUAAAGCGUGUGUCGCCGUCGGCGGUUUUCUAAGUCAACAGCAAUACAAAAGCGUUCGUGUAACAAAAACAAAUUGGCUGAGCGAAAAAAGAAAAUUUGUAAAUAAAUUAUGUUCUAUGUGGCACACAGGAAUUGGUACGAAAUCCUUAAAUCAUGAGACUGCAACAAAACAAACAACAACAAAAAAUUAUCAAGUGCUGGCAUACAAUUACAAAAUGUGGAAUUUGUAAUCAUAAAUAUUUUAAGUAAUUAAAGUUUAAAUUAUGCAUAAAAGAAUUGUGUAAGCUGAGCGUUAACGGUAGUUGCAGCUAUUCUGCGAAAUUUACUGUUAUAUAACAUUACACGCAUACACUAAUAUACAUACAUUCCGUUGCAGCAUUCGCAUAGUUUGCAGCUUGAACAGUAUUGUUUUUAAUUUAAAAAAUAUUUAUAUGCAGCAAUGUCGUCUGCAUAGCGUUAAAAUAAAUCGAAUAUAUUGUAAAUUUUUUACAGCAAAUAACGAAACGAAAAAAAUCCCUACAUACAUAAAUAUACGAAGUAGAUUUAAGGAGCCAACUGCUCAAAGUGAGGUUAGGCGCGAACUAAACACUAAAAUUAAGUAAAAAAUAAAGCAGAAGUAUGCCAAUAAGCGCGUAAAUAAGUAGUUUUACAUUUAUUUACGUCAGAAAGCGAUAUAAUUUUCUUUAAAAAAUAUUAAAUUUCUUUAAAAAAUAUUUGGAAUAUUUUUUUUUAUUUUCUGCCUCUAAUAUAUAAUGCAAAGACACCAAAAUGCAGCAAAUUAAAGUUAUGUUAUAGCAGAAUAUGCUUAUACGUAAAUACAAUAUUCAUUAAUUAUUGUAUUCUUGUUUAAUUUAUAAUUAUUGUAACAACAAUUAAUAAUAAAUUGCGCGUGUAUACUUAUUUUCUUAAUAAUAACUAUUUGUUAGCUAUUUCUUUGUGCAUAUUUAGCAUAACGGCAAGCAUUUGUUGUUACUUUGCGUUACAACGCGGCAAUUAACACUUUUGAAAACAAAUUAUUGUAAUAAAUUAAUUUUUGAAAAUUUGAGCACAUAACCUAAAAGUGAAAAUUACACGCUAGCCUGCUUAUAAGUGGCCGUUAAAGUUCUAAAAAUGCAAACUUCGUUAUUUUUAACGCAAAGGUAAAUUAAUAGUUGAUAUUUAACAAUAGAUAUAGUUUUUGAAAAAUAUAUAUUGUCAUUUAAAUUUUAUUUGGAAAUAAUAUUUGUACUUGGAAAUAUUAUUGCUUAGCUUUAAAAGCCGUUGCCGUAGCUAAUUUAUGCAUAUGUACAUAUUGUAUUAUCCAGCAAGCUUUAUUAUUACAAAUUUAUUCUAGCUUCCGUCUACUUUUUUGCUACCUCUCUGCAUAAACCAAGUUUGUAAGAAUUUGAAAGAAAGAUUUUGUUACCACUAAAUACUAAUUUUCAUAGCAUUUAAAUAUGCCGAAUCGCACUAAAUAAUACUACAAUGAACUAUUUUGUUUCACAGUGUUGGACACUAAAGUAUGGCAAAGCAAAAUAUUACAAAAAUUAUUCUAUUGUUGGAAUUACUUCUUUCAUAAUUUUUUACAAAGAAAGUUCAUCCAUUCAACAAUUUAGGCGAUAUAUUACAAAAAUUUAAAUUCUUGCUUAUUAUAUGCUAGUUUUUAUAUAUAAAUAACAAAACUGCGAAAAAAUUCGUCCAAUUAUGUCUGAAUGUUGACUUUCAACAAUAAACAAUAACAAUAAAAUUUCCACUCGUACUCUACUCCACCUGCCACAGUGGAAGUAAAAUCCAAUUGGCUUCAGCGUAGCCACUUGUGUUUAUGAAAAAGCUUAAAACUUAUUUUCUACUUCAAUAAUUUCUAAUUAAAAGUUAAGAGCGUGCAUUUUCAUUCCAAAAAUAUUUUACAACUAUUGCUAAAUACCAACAACUAACUGUUUUUGUACUUUAGCAGUGCAAGCUAAGCGUUUGAAAUUAUUUACAGUGCAGAAUAAUUAAAUUUAUAUACAAAAAUACAUUUUUACAAUAUUUUUGAUAUUUAAAAUAAAUUAUAAAAAAUGAAAAAUAUAUAAAAUAAAUUAUAAAAAAUGAAAAAUAUUUAAAAUAAAAUAUAAAACGAAAAACAUACACAAAAUUAUGCAAAAACAACAAAAUACAGCAGAGUUUCGCACUUGCGAGUAAAAAAUAAUUCGCGUUGAAGAAAAAUUUGUAACAAAAAUGAAAAUGUAAAUACAAAUUUGCAUUAAAAACGAAAUAAAUGAAAAAUUCUAAGUUCAA